UAUUUGAUCAACACUUUAAGGUGAAAACUGAAAGUAACGUCAUAUCCGCCAUCAUCAAAGUGAAACAAUACGUGAAACUUGAAAAACCUAUAAUAAGUAAAUGGAGCCAGAGGCCAAAAAAGCCAGACUUGAGACUGAUGCUAUCACAACAUGUAGAGUGGAUAAUCAAUAUGAUGAUAUAUCAUGUGACAGUACUCCAGUAACCAAGGAAACAGAUAAUAAAGAUGUCAGUAGUUCAAAUAAUCAGACAGAAGAUGUCAAAUUUGUUAAAGAAACAGAUGUAGGCAUACUCUGCUAUAUUAAUGAUUUACCUGGUUGCCAUGGAGUUAUUAAACAAAGGUACUCUGAUUUCAUUGUGAAUGAAGUGGAUGUUGACGGUAAGGUUGUGGAAUUAACAAAAACAGAAGUGGAUAAAAUAUCAGAAGAAGAAAAGGUGCAGAAUGAAGAAGAGGAAAGUUUCAAGUUACCAGAAGAUGUAAUGAAGACAUUGCUAGCCUUAUCCUCUGAAUCUGAGAUGGAACCUGCUUUUAUACAUAUGGAAAACAUGGAUGACAAGGAGCUUAGAACCAAGUAUCAUCAGACAAUCAAAUCUAAGUUUCCUGGUUUAGAUAGUUCUACUGUUACUCAAGAUGACAAAAAAGUCAUUAAAGUUGUCAAGAAGGCUAAUACUAAGAUGAAAAACAGAUGGAAAAAUGAGUGGCCAGCUGGUCGAGGAAAUUACUGUCAGUUUGUUCUGUACAAAGAAAACCGAGAUACAAUGUCAGCUAUAAAUGAUAUGUCAAGAUUUCUCAGUGUGAACAGAAACUUAUUCCAGUAUGCAGGUACUAAAGACAAGAGAGCCAAAACUUCUCAAGAAAUAACAGUGUAUAGAAUGUUUGCAGAGAGACUAGAAGAAUUAAACACAAGAAUGAAGUAUAUGCAUUUUGGAAAUUACAGAUAUGUAAAUGAACCACUCAGGUUAGGUAAAUGUCAAGGCAACAAGUUUACUAUUGUACUGAGGAAUGUAACUGGAGAUGAUGAAACAUUAGAUAAAUCAAUGAUGUCGCUAAAAGAAAAAGGAUUUAUCAAUUAUUUUGGUAUGCAGAGAUUUGGUACAACAUCAAUACCUACACACCACAUAGGAAGAGCUGUAUUGAAAAAUGAUUAUGAAGAGGCUGUGAAUCUAAUUUUAAAACCUAGACCUGGUGAAACUGGAAGAAUAGUAGAAUGUCGUCAAUGUUGGGAAAGAAAUAAAGAUCCAGUUGAAGCUCUGAUAGGAUUACCAAAUCAGAAUGCUAUAGAGAAAACUAUCCUCAAAGAACUCAAGUCUAACAAACAUAACUUUUGUAAUGCUUUUCAAAAGAUAGCUAGGAAUACAAAGUUAAUGUAUUUACAUGCCUAUCAGAGUUAUCUAUGGAAUUCUGUCACCUCACAAAGAAUUAAACAACAUGGGUUACAACCAGUCAUAGGAGAUCUUGUUCUUACAGAGGAAAUCCAGGAGCUACAGGAAGGUGAAGACAAUGACAAUAAAGACAUUAGGAUAGUACAGCCAAUUGUCCUUGAUGAGAAGAAUGUGUCACAAUACAGCAUAUUGGACGUGGUUUUACCGUUACCAGGUCAUGAUGUCACAUACCCACCAAAUGAAGUCAGAAAAUGGUAUGAAACAUUAUUAGCAGAAGAUGGAUUAACUCUUGACAGUUUUAAGCACAAGAUCAAAUCAUUAUCAUUACCUGGAGCCUACAGAAAAAUAGUGAUCAAGCCUGGUGACGUUGUAUGGAAGCUGUACAGAUAUAAUGAUGUCAAUGUUGAAUUGGCUUUGAGUGAUCUGGAUAAACUGCAGAAAAAAGCAGAGCCUUCAUAUGAACAAGAUGGACAGUUUAAAGCUUUGAAAAUAGAAAUGACCUUGCCAUCAUCUUGUUAUGCUACCAUGGCAUUGAGAGAAGUUCUAAAAAUAGACACCUCAGCAUCCUAUCAGUCAACAUUAAAUGUUACAUAGUC